GAGAUAAAAUUUUGAAAAUAAAUUCAUAAAUAAAUAUGGACGCCUACGAAACCAGAUCAGUUGGAGAAAAUGCCUCACAGUGGUCAGAAUCUUUAGCUUUAGUUAAUAAAGCAACAAUGAGAAACCUUGAUAAAUUUCACAGAACUGGUAUGAGUUGGAAGCCUCCAAGACCCAAGAAGGGAAGUCUUGACAAUAUCCCAUCAGCUUUUGAUAACAAAAACGAUGUGAGAAGCACUAUGUUUAACAAUUAUCUUGGAGAGCAUUCAGUUGCUGAUACCUUAAAUUCAAUAGACAAAUUCCAAAACUCAUGAAUUGCACGAUCCCUAUCUCCUAAUAGAGGAAGGAUGCAAGCAGAAGAUGCUCAAUUUCAGCAACAAAGAAACAGACAGAAGCAGCCAUGGCCUUCUAUGGGCCUCAUCAGACCUGCAGAAUCCUUCUAUUUCAAAGAAAGGUCUAAUAGUGUUACAAAGCCAGCAACCAUGACUCUUGAAGCCGAGUUAGAACACAAGACUUCUCUUGAAAGAGCCAAAGAUGACCUUGAAUUGUUCUCAAGAGCUCUCCAGAACAACAUGAAAAAGACAUUCCCUGCCGACCAGACACAAGAAUAUAAAGAUAAACUUGAUGAAAUCUCUACUCAAUUUCCUAUCAUGAUGGAUGAAAUGUCAUUCAAAAUGGAAGAAAUGAUGAAAAAGUGAAACUUACUUCAAAAACAAAAUACAAAUCUCUUCGAAAGAACAGCUACCUACAUCAGCGAUGAAACUCUUAGAAUCUCUCUUGAAAGACAAAGACAAGAGUUCAAUGAAAGAUUACUUCCUCUUGAGAAAUAUGUCAGAGAUCUGAUGGUCCAGACAGACAACAUCAAAUAUGAGGUCGAUAACAAGAUAGCAGAAAGGCUUAACAAAUUCCAAUCGGGAAAGACUGAUAACGCCAGUGAAAUCCUGCAUCUCAAGAAUGAUCUCUACGGGUUCAUUGAUAACAAACUUACACACCAUAGUUCAAUCAUGGAGAAAAGAGUGGAUACUCUAAAUGCUUUCUGUAAUGAGCAUGAUCUCCGUCUUAAGAAACUUAUUGGCUACAAGGAUGAAAUCGAAAUGAAAUUAGAAGAAACUAACUCCACUGUAAAUGUAAAGCUGAUGAACUUGAGCAAGACCGAGCAACAAGUUGAGAAUAAAUCCAUAGAGAUGAGGAGGGCCCACCAAGAAGUCAUGACUAAAUUAACCAAUUUUGAACUAGUCCAAGACACAUUAAGGAGCGAAGUUGAGACUCAACUGGAGAUUAUGAAGAAUAAUAGGUUCCAAGAAUCUCAACUUAAGAAAAUUGUACUUGACGUACUUUCCCCUAGAGAUAAAAUUGAGAGGAACAACAUCAAGAAAUAUAAUAAGCUUUUCCGUGGUGUUGAGGCUAAAAUCAAUGGGAUAAAUAGGAAUCAACAAUCUCUGAGGGAAAUAAUUCAGAAGCAUUCCCAGUCCAUCACUAGUCUUGAAUCAAAUGUAUUGUCAACUUUCCAUGAACAAAUUGAGCAGAUGAAGAAGAUACAAGAUAGCCCGUCCAAGAUUACCGGGACUGACCCGAUGAUCUCUCAGAAGAUGCUCGAUAUUGAAGAACGGAUAUCUGAGAAAUCCAAUCAGACUUUAGCAAUGUUUGACACUUUCAAGGAAGAAAUUCAUACUGAAGCAAGUGCUCAACAAAAAGCUCUCAACACUAAAAUCUCCAAAAUUCAGAGUGGUUUUGGGGCUGCUUUUGAAGAAGUCAAGAAAAUUUGUUUAGAUAAACUAGAUACUAUUGACCAAAAGUUAGCGCUUGAGAGAGAUUUCAUCACUGAAAAUAAGCAAUCAAUAACAACACUUUCUCUUAAAUUUGAGGAACUUGAGAAAAUUCUUAAGGAGCUCAAGACUAUCAAGCCCACCUCUCUGUCUGAAAAAGGAUAUGGGACACCAAGUACUAAAACAGGUCUUGCUGAAGAUAUGACAAAGCCUAGACCUAACUCUUCAAAGCCAAUUCCUACCCCUCGAAAUAUGACCAAAAUAAAUGUGAAGGAUUCAACAGAAGUCCUCUUCGAGACUGAAGAAGAGGAGAAAAAUGGGACUAAAAAAGAAGUGAUGGAAAUCACUCCAAAACAAACAAAAGAGAAACCUAAGCAAGAUAACCUUAUCUCUCGAAACUUUAAUGUAGUAGAUUCCCUCCCUGAAAUAGAGUCUCAGGAUAGCUCUUCUCAACAAAAGAAUACAGAUGAGUCCCUCUCAGUGGUUGGGUCUAUAACUCAUGAAAAUCUAGAUGAUGAGCUCAAACCGCUCCCCUCCUCCUCAGAAGUUGAAAGAAAGAACUCCUUUGAAAGAACCGAUUCACUUGAAAAAGUCUUCGCUUAUCGCAAGAGAAUCCAAGAAGAACAAAAAACCAAAAGUCAACCUCCAGAGAAGCGAAGAUCUAAACUUGAAGACAAGAUGAAGAUGGAUAAGCCAGCUUACAGCUUCCUCGGUCUUUCAAGUGGAGGACUAAACAAACCGAAAAAGGCUCAAAACGAUUACUCCAAGAUGAAACGGAAUGAAUUCCAAGCAAAAAACCAAUUAAGAUGCCAUAAAGAGGGUGACGAUUACUAUUUCAGCUUAAAAGAGAACCAAUUUUGCAUUAGCGAGAAAAUACUUGACAAGGAGACCAACAAUGCUGUGCACAUCUCCAACAGGGAACGAAAGGAAAGAAUUUACAGCCAAAAAUACCUCGAAAACCUUGACAGAUUCUACGAAUUUGUUUUCAUCACAAAUCUACAAAGCAAGUUUACUAUAGAAACUGAAUGAGACAACUUCGAAGAAGAACCAGAUGAAGCUAUCAUCUUUGGAGAUUCUAGUGAUGAGGAGGAAGAGGAUGCAGGCAAAAGCCUGCUUUCUCAUUUUACCAGCAUCUCAAGCGCAUCGAAAAUAAAUACAGAUUCAUCUCCAUUUCCAGGUCACAAAGAUACUAAAAGUUUCAAGAGCUUUAAGACUUAUGAGCUUAGUGAGGAUGGCCAGUCUCAGGUCCCUUCCAAGCGAGAUCAGAAGGAGCCACCAAAAAGAGAACGAAUGAAGCGGAACAACCAUGUUCUAGAGGUCAACAUCGAUGAGGAUACUGAAGAAGAGGAUGAUGACAGUGUGAGUAACAUUGAUUCUCCUGCAUCAAGAUUCGGCUUCCGAAAGCAACCAGUAGAGCUUCAAAAAGAGCAAGAUGUAAACUCCUUUACAAAGCUUAGUCGUAAGCCUAAAAAUUUCACUACUAAUCCUGUGGAAGAAUCAAAGCAACCCAAGGAAUCUAUCGAAGUGAGUGAUUUGGAGUCUAGUGCUAACUCUUUUGAUCUUGCAAGUAAUCCUAAGACUGCUCUAAUGUCAUUUAAAAAUAAGGCAGCCCAGAAUAAAGGUGAUAAUCUUGAAGCUAAAGUCGCCACCAAUAAUAAUCUCCCUAAUAACUUCUCUGAGGUACAAAAGACAGAGAUAUUGAACCACUUAGAAAGCGAAUGGGUGAGCCAAGAAAUCACUAAUUGAAUGUUGAUCCAUAACAAUAAAAAAUAAUCCCCACUAAGAGUUAUAUUCAAAAGUAAUAGCAAAAAGUCAGAUCAAAAUCUACUUGUUUUCAGAUAUAAAAUCCUCAAUGU